AUGGCUCCGACUGGCAUCCUUCAGGAUUUUGAAGUGGUUGAAUUGCUCUCUGAUAGUGGGGCGGAGGAUGAAGGCCUCGCGAGUCGCGAAUUGGAGGCUUUCGACGCAAGAUCUGCAGCGGAAUUCGCUCACGGCUACCUUGAUAUGGAUGACCCUAUCGCAGAUUUCCACGCCCAAUUCCAGGCAAACGAUCGCCAAUUGAUCGACUUGACCGAAAUUCCAGACAUUGAUGUUCCGCCAUCUGACGCUAUUAUGGUAAACGACGAAGAGCCACGGCCAGAGGGACGAGCUCCUGACUGGGAUGGGGACGCUGCGGUUGUCACCGAAGCUGCCUGUUUACAGAUGGUAUUGAGCGUGUUGCCGGACAUCUCGGUCGAUUACGUUCUCAGACUGAUCCAAGAAAAGACGACAGACACCACGCGAACAACAGCACAGUGCGAGCAUUUCCUCACUGAGCUAUUAGAAGGCGAGCCGUAUCCCAGAGAAACUGACGACGCGAAGAACAAGAAAAGGAAGAGGGAUGACGAAGCCGAGGAUGAGUUGAGUACCUACGAGAAAGGCGAGCGUGAUCCUGAGAUCGGCGGUUAUGAACAUGAUGCAACAGAGCUGCUGAAAGACGAGUUCCUUACCGUACCUGUACGGCAUAUUACGAGAGUUCUCAAGGAGCAAAAGACUCUUUACAAAGCCUACGGCGUCAUUGAACGACAAGUGCGCGACUACGCACAUGUUGCUAAGACAUUUUCGCUGAUCAACAAAUCACGCAACAAACGUGGCAUACAGCUUCAGUUGAUUGAGCAAGGCACUAAACGCCAGAAAGUCAAAGACACAGAACUGGCCGAAGAAGCCAACCUAAAACAGGCGGAGAUGAACAAUGAGAUGGGCGAAUGUGCAUGCUGCUUCAACGACGUUCCCCUGAACCGCAUGAUUAGCUGUAACGGAGACACUAUCCAUUUCUACUGCGUAGACUGUCCUCGUCAGCAAAUUGAGACGCAGAUGGGUCAGUCUCGCUGCAGACCCAAGUGUUUCGGAGUCGACGAUUGCAACGGAACGUUCACGCGUCGUCAGCUGCAACAGGUCUUGAGCGAUACGACCUUCGAGCGACUGGAACAUAUGCAGCAAAGAGAAGACUUGGAAGCGGCGGGUUUAGACUUUCUCUCCGAAUGCCCAUUCUGCGACUUCAAGAUGGAGUGUCUGCCAGUCGAGGUCGACAAGGAGUUUCGAUGUGAGAACCCCAAGUGCAGCAAGACGAGCUGCCGCCUUUGCGAAAAAGAGUCGCACAUUCCACUCAGCUGCGAAGAAUUCAAGAAAGACGGCCAGUUAACUUUACGACACAUCGUCGAAGAAGCUAUGUCGGCAGCCCUGAUACGGCAUUGCAACAAGUGCAAGCACCCAUUCAUCAAAGAGCUUGGCUGCAACAAGAUGACAUGCACGCACUGUAGGAAUGUGCAAUGCUACGUCUGCUCCAAGAAUGUGACUGAUUAUAACCACUUCGGCGAGGCUGCGGGAGGCAAGUGCCCUCUACACGAGAACAUCGAAGACCGCCAUGAACAGGAAGUUAAGAGGGCAGCCGAUGAGGCCAUGGCAAGAGUUCGGGCCGACAAUCCAGGGCUGUCAGAUGCAGAUUUGAUGGUCAAAGUAUCAGAUCGUGUCAAGCAAGCAGAGGAUGCGCGUAAAGGCCGAGCAACCGUAGAAGCGCAAGCCUUUCCUUACCACAUGGUUGGAGAGCAGCUCAGACGUGCCCCCAUUGUACCUCCCAUACCUGCAAUGCCGGCCUAUGCCCAUCCUCCACCGCCAAAUUUCGGCCCAGAUCGCUCGUCAAUGGGAUCGAACAAGUCGACGGACCAGUUCAACAAGCACAUCGUCCCAUUGAUGCUAUGGCUGUCCUCCCUCCUAAUCCCUACGGCAAUUUCCGGGAUAGACGAGCGGUACGGCUUCAACAUGCCGACCAGCGGCAGCGACAGCCCAACCGUGAUGCUCAACAGGCUCAGCCCCGCCUUGGGCUUCUACAGGCUAACCGCCAUCUUGAAGAGGUCCGACUCGAACAACAGCAGCGACACAUGA